UCACAACAAAAAUUCAUAGCGACAACAGAUUCAUUUAUUCAUUCCAUAGUCAAAAACAAUUCACAAUUCCUAUAUAUAAAUAGUACAUAUAUUCUGAUAACUAUAGACAAUAGAAUAGGCACACACACAAAAACAAUAGACAAGAAAACAAUGUGCAACACACCAAACGAUUGUAAUAAACAUAAAUUAAAGUUUACGGGCUGCUGCAGCCUGAGCGACAGUGAGCUAUCGAAACUGUAUAAUUUGGAUAACCUGACCGAUGUGGAAUUGUCAGCAGUUGGCGUCGAUCGCACCACACUGAUCGAUGAUUAUCGGCAUCUGCACGAGAUGUCGCAACUGCGUGAAAUGGAACGUUUAUCGUCGCUGUCGCGUCGCUUUGUCUCGCAAUUGAAACCGCCAAAAUUCAAAUCGCCAAGACAGCCGCAAAGAGCAUUCAGCUAUGAUCUGUUAGAUCGUUUCUUUCGCUGCAUGCAAUCGGAGACGCCAGCGUUCUGUCGCUUCAUGGAGAAUGAUUUACAGAUUGUGACCGAUUUUCAGCGCGAUACAAAAAUUCUUCUGAUGUCGCCAAAAGAACGCGAAUGCGCUUGCUACGAUUCGUAUUUCGAGCAUCUGGACACAUUGUAUCGGAGUGGACAACACGACGUUGUCAUCUCGAUCAUAGCCAAGGUGAUGGUGCGUUUCCAUCGUGAACCGCAUCCGGUUAAGUUGCGUCCGGGCUUUGGCCGUGGCUACGGACCGCAUUACGCCCGGACUCGCACCGUGUUCGUCAAGCAGAAGCCAAAGCCACGAACUCCGCUGCUCUAAAGAGUACAAAAACAAAAAACAAACAAAAAACAAAAAAUAGUUACUCUCUCUAUCGAUUUUCGGCAAUCCCAAAAUUGGAACGAAUAACGUCAAAUGCGGCACAUUUUGUUCAUUUGUUUUAUUCGAUUCUUCAUUGAAAUACACUUUCAUUCAGUUAAUAUUA